CCUUCCAGUUUUCACUCAGGGGAAAUUAUCUCUAUAUUUAUCCCCAAAUAUCUUGUUCUUCAGGGAAAACCUUUUUAUUGUUUCACCUUCUUCACUAUUAUUUAUUUUAGACUCUUUGAAAAGUUUAAAACUGAACUCAAAGGUUGUUUAUUUCAUAAAGACGCUUCAGUGUUAAUCAGACCUCACGGUGUCUUUAAGGUAGUUAAACUGAAAUGUUUCACUGUUCUAUCUGAUGUUUCUGUGUAGCAUGUUCGCUCCUUUAUACCCUGUUUAGUUUAAUCUACAUCAAAGCUUCAUAUUCUAUGAGGUCAUAAUGUUUGUAGCCUCUCUGUCCUGUGAGAACCACGUAUCUCUAAAAAAGAUAAAUAAGUACAAGUCCAGUACUUAAGUAAAUGUACUUAGCUACUUCUUGAGUUACUCUACCGACCUGUUGUCCUCCUGAGCUGCAGCUGUCGCCUCCGACUGGUCAGAGAUCUGUUUCCAUCAUCCAGCAGAGGAUUCUGGGAAGUCCGAUCCAUUAACGGUCCCUGAGGACGUCCUCUGGAUGUCUGAGUGCUCUAAUGGAUCAAUAACUCUGAUGUGAUCAUGGAGCUCUUUACUUCCUCCAUUAGCUGCAGUCAGCUCAUCGAGCAGCCAAUGGGAGCACAGCGUGGUCGCUCUCGGCACGACAUCAUCAUGACCUCGGCACGACAUCAUCAUGACAUCAUCACAACAUCAUCACGACGUCAUCUCGACAUCUUAAAGACUUCAUCACGACAUCUUAAAGACUUCAUCACGACAUCGUCACGACAUCUUAAAGACUUCGUCACUACAUCUUAAAGACUUCGUCACAACAUCUUAAAGACUUCGUCACGACAUCGUCACGACAACUUAAAGACUUCGUCACAACAUCAUCACGACAUCGUCACGACUUCGUCACGACAUCAUCACGACUUCAUCAUGACAUCAUCACGACUUCAUUGUUGACUAUGUGCUCAUGAUGUCAGAGCAAGUCAGGAUCAAGUCUGAUACAAAUCUACCCGGCAUGCAUUGUGAUUGACUCUGAUCAGGACUGGCUCAUCUCGAACGAGCCAAUUAUGAGACUGAUCGAUUAACAUGAUCAACUAGUAGCUCCAACUGAUUCGGUGUGUGUGUGUGUGUGUGUGUGGGGAAGGAAGGAAGGAAGGAAGGAAAGAAAGAAAGAAAGAAAGAACAAACAUUUACUCAACUACUGUAUUUAAGUACAAUGUUUAGGUACUUUACUGGAGUACUUCUAUGUUAUGCUACAACCCAACAGUUUAUGGUUCAGAUGAGCUGCAAAAUACUUGUUAUCCAUCAGUAAUAUUCCAAACAUAAAGUACGUGAUGUAGUAGUAUAUGGAGUACUUGCUGUUCACUGAAGCUCCAGUCUGACGUCAAAAACACAAUAAUAUAAUUUUAUUGAUCAUGAUGAUGAUGUCCACCUGUCGUCCUGCAGGGCUCGGCCUGAAGCUGCCGAUGUGGACACGUCCCCGCUGACUUUGAGCCGUGUGUCAGAGGUGAACGGUCACGAUGACGACGGUGGCCGCUGAGUUCGACCACAUGGAGCUGCAGCAGCAGUACAGCAGUAACGACACGGUGAACAACCGCUGGGACGAAGAGUGGGAUAACGAGAACAGCUCGGCUCGCCUCUUUGAACGCUCCCGCAUCAAGGCACUGGCAGAUGAGCGGGAGGCGGUGCAGAAGAAGACCUUCACUAAGUGGGUGAACUCUCACUUGUCCAGAGUCUCCUGCAGGAUCACAGACCUGUACCUGGACCUGAGGGACGGACGCAUGCUCAUCAAACUACUGGAGGUCCUAUCAGGAGAGAGACUGCCAAAGCCCACCAAAGGCCGGAUGCGUAUUCACUGUCUGGAAAACGUGGACAAAGCUCUGCAGUUCCUGAAGGAACAGAGGGUUCACCUGGAGAACAUGGGUUCUCAUGACAUCGUGGACGGGAACCACCGACUGGUGCUGGGCCUCAUCUGGACCAUCAUCCUCCGCUUCCAGAUUCAGGACAUCCGUGUGGAGACUGAAGACAACAAAGAGAAGAGAUCAGCUAAAGACGCUCUGCUGCUCUGGUGUCAGAUGAAGACGGCGGGAUAUCCCAACGUCAACAUCCACAACUUCAGCACCAGCUGGAGAGACGGCAUGGCCUUCAACGCUCUCAUCCACAAGCACAGAUCCGAUCUGAUUGAUUUUGACAAACUGAAGAAGUCCAACGCUCACCACAACCUGCAGAACGCUUUCAACCUGGCAGAGCAACACCUGGGCCUCACCAAGCUGCUGGAUCCAGAGGAUAUCAGCGUGGACCAUCCUGAUGAGAAGUCCGUCAUCACCUACGUGGUGACGUAUUACCACUACUUCUCCAAGAUGAAAGCUCUAAAGGUGGAGGGCAAACGCAUCGGAAAGGUGUUGGAUAACGCCAUCGAGACAGAGAAGAUGAUCGAGAAGUACGAGUCUCUGGCCUCAGACCUGCUGGAGUGGAUCGAACAGACCAUCAUCAUCCUCAACAACAGGAAGUUUGCCAACGCUCUGGUCGGAGUCCAGCAGCAGCUUCAGGCCUUCAACACCUACCGAACCGUGGAGAAACCCCCAAAGUUCACAGAGAAGGGAAACCUGGAGGUUCUUCUCUUCACCAUCCAGAGUAAGAUGAGAGCCAACAACCAGAAGGUCUACAUGCCCCGAGAGGGAAAACUCAUCUCAGAUAUCAACAAGGCCUGGGAGCGACUGGAGAAGGCAGAGCAUGAGAGGGAGCUGGCUCUGAGGAUGGAGCUGAUUCGUCAGGAGAAACUGGAACAACUCGCCAGACGCUUCGACCGCAAGGCGGCCAUGAGAGAGACCUGGCUCAGUGAGAACCAGAGACUGGUGUCACAGGACAACUUUGGUUUCGACCUUCAGGCCGUCGAGGCGGGAAACAAGAAGCACGAGGCGAUUGAGACGGACAUUGCGGCGUACGAGGAGCGCGUACAGGCCGUGGUCUCCGUAGCGAAGGACCUGGAGGUGGAGCACUACCACGACAUCAAACGCAUCACGGCCAGGAAGGACAACGUGAUCCGGCUGUGGGAGUACCUGCUGGAGCUGCUGAAGGCCCGCAGACAGAGACUGGAGAUGAACCUGGGCCUGCAGAGAGUCUUCCAGGAGAUGCUCUACAUCAUGGACUGGAUGGACGAGAUGAAGAUGUUGUUGCUGUCUCAGGAUUAUGGGAAGCAUCUAUUAGGUGUGGAGGACCUGCUGCAGAAACACGCCCUGGUUGAGGCUGACAUCGCCAUCCAGGCUGACCGGGUGAAGGCAGUCGGCACAAACGCCACCAAGUACUCCGCCAACGACGACGGCUACAAGCCCUGCGACCCUCAGGUCAUCCAGGACCGGGUCUCCCACCUGGAGUUCUGCUACCAGGAGCUAACCCAGCUCGCCGCUGAGCGCCGUGCCCGCCUUGAGGAGUCCCGCCGUCUCUGGAAGUUCUUCUGGGAGAUGGCCGAAGAGGAAGGCUGGAUCCGUGAGAAGGAGCAGAUCCUGUCAUCUGUUGAGCACGGCAAGGACCUGACGGGGGCGCUACGCCUCCUCAGCCAGCAGCGCGCCCUGGAGGAUGAGAUAAGCGGCCGCGCCAGCCACCUCAAGCACACCAUCACAGAGGGCCAGGCCAUGGUGCAGACCGACCACUUCGCCGCCACCAAGAUCCAGGAACGUAUCGAUGACCUGCAGGCUCAGUGGGCGGCGCUGGAGCAGCUGGCGGCAGUGAGAAGAAAGAGGCUGGAGGAGGCUCUGGCACUGCACCAGUUCCAGGUCGAUGCAGAUGAUGUUGAUGCCUGGACACUGGACGCCCUGCGAAUCGUCUCCAGCGGAGAGACAGGCCAUGACGAAUUCUCUACCCAGGCUCUCUUCAGGAAGCACAAGGACGCGGCGGUGGAGGUGGCCAGCUACCGACCGGUCAUUGACUCACUCCACGAGCAGGCUGCCUUAUUGCCUCAAGAGGAGGCUGAGUCAGAGGAGGUGCGUGGACGUCUGGCCAGCAUCGAGGAGCGCCACAAGGAGGUGACAGAACUGACAAAGCUGAGGAAGCAGGCACUGCACGAUGCUCUGGCACUCUACAAGAUGUUCAGCGAGGCCAACGCCUGUGAGGUUUGGAUUGACGAGAAGGAGCAGUGGCUGAACAGCAUGGAGAUCCCUGAGAAACUGGAGGACCUUGAGGUCAUACAGCACAGGUUUGAGAGUCUGGAGCCGGAGAUGAAUAACCAGGCGUCUCGUGUUGCUGUGGUAAACCAGAUCGCCCGGCAGCUGAUGCACAAUGGUCACCCGAGUGAAAAAGACAUCAAGACCCAGCAGGACAAACUCAACAACAGGUGGAGCCAGUUCCGAGAUCUGGUGGACCAGAAGAAAGAGGCCCUGAACUCGGCACUGGGUGUGCAGAACUACCACCUCGACUGUAACGAGACAAAGUCCUGGAUCAAAGAGAAGACCAAGGUCAUCGAGUCCACCCAGGAGCUGGGUAACGACCUCACUGGGGUCAUGGCCCUGCAGCGCAAACUGACCGGUAUGGAGCGUGACCUGGCUGCCAUCGAGGACAAACUGGGCGAUCUGCGAGGCGAGGCCCAGCGGCUGGCGGAGGAACACCCCGACCAGGCAAAGGCCAUCACAGGCCGUCUGGCUGAGAUCACCGCCGUCUGGGAGGAAAUGAAGAACACUCUGAAGAACCGCGAGGAGUCACUGGGCGAGGCCAGGAAGCUGCAGCAGUUCCUGCGUGAGUUGGACGACUUCCAGUCCUGGCUGUCUCGCACUCAGACGGCCAUCGCCUCCGAGGACAUGCCCAACACUCUGGCUGAGGCCGAGAAGCUCAUGGCCCAGCACGAAGGCAUCAAGAACGAGAUCCGGAACUACGAAGAGGACUACCAGAAGAUGCGGGACAUGGGGGACAUGGUGACACAGGGCCAGACGGACGCGCAGUACAUGUUCCUUCGACAGAGGCUGCAGGCGCUCGACACCGGCUGGAACGAACUGCACAAGAUGUGGGAGAACCGACAGAACCUGCUGUCCCAGUCUCAUGCCUAUCAGCUGUUUCUCAGGGACACCAAGCAGGCAGAGGCCUUCCUCAACAACCAGGAGUACGUCCUGGCUCACACCGAGAUGCCCACCACUCUCGAGGGUGCCGAGGCCGCCAUCAAGAAGCAGGAGGAUUUCAUGACCACCAUGGACGCCAACGAAGACAAGAUCAACGGCGUGGUGGAGGCUGGCAGGCGGCUGGCCAGCGACAGAAACAUCAACGCUGAACGCAUCCAGGAGAGAGUCUCCUCCAUCGACAACAGACACAAGAAGAACCGGGAGGCUGCAGUGGAGCUGCUGAUGAGACUGAAGGACAACAGAGAUCUGCAGAAGUUCCUGCAGGACUGCCAGGAGCUGUCUCUGUGGAUCAAUGAGAAGAUGCUCACGGCUCAGGACAUGACCUACGACGAGGCCAGGAACCUGCACAGCAAGUGGCUGAAGCACCAGGCCUUCAUGGCCGAACUGCAGUCCAACAAAGAGUGGCUGGACAAGAUCCAGAAGGUACGGAGGGUCUUAACUCUGACUUGUUGGACACAACAGUAG